CGUCGGAGAAGCGAAACGAUGGCCAGCGGAGGCGUGAAACAAGGACCCAAGAUUGUCUCCAAGUCGUCCGGGGAGGCCCCGGGGCGGCGGGGGUCGGCGGCGGGCCCCGAUCAUCCCCCUCGCCUCGCCGCUCAUGGGGAAGAAGAAGAAGCCGUUCCUGGGGAUGCCCGCCCCGCUGGGCUACGUACCCGGGCUGGGACGAGGUGCGACUGGUUUCACCACCCGAUCUGAUAUUGGUCCGGCUCGUGAUGCCAACGAUCCAGUGGAUGACCGGCAUGCACCUCCGGGGAAGAGGACGGUCGGGGACCAAAUGAAAAAGAACGAGGAGGACGAGGAAGAUCUGAACGACACAAAUUAUGACGAGUUCAAUGGAUACGCAGGUAGCUUGUUCUCCAGUGGGCCCUAUGAGAAAGACGAUGAAGAAGCAGAUGCUAUAUAUGCAGCACUGGACAAGAGGAUGGAUGAAAGACGCAAAGAAAGAAGGGAGCUGAGAGAAAAGGAAGAAAUCGAGAAAUACCGUAUGGAGCGACCCAAAAUCCAGCAGCAGUUUUCAGAUCUAAAGAGGAAAUUGGCAGAGGUGUCGGAGGAGGAGUGGCUGAGCAUCCCUGAGGUGGGAGAUGCCAGGAAUAAACGCCAGAGAAAUCCCCGCUACGAGAAACUCACCCCCGUCCCCGACAGCUUCUUCUCCAAACACCUGAAGACCGGAGAGAACCAUACCAGUGUUGACCCUCUGCAAGGGCUGGGAGGUCUGAGCACGCCUUACCCAGGAAGCAUGACGCCAGGGACGGGAGAGCUGGACAUGAGGAAAAUCGGUCAGGCCAGGAACACACUCAUGGAUAUGAGGCUCAGCCAGGUGUCUGACUCGGUGAGCGGACAGACGGUGGUGGACCCUAAAGGUUACCUGACGGAUCUGAACUCCAUGAUCCCCACACAUGGAGGAGACAUCAGUGACAUCAAGAAGGCUCGUCUGCUGCUGAAGUCGGUGAGGGAGACCAAUCCUCAUCAUCCGCCGGCCUGGAUUGCCUCCGCCAGGCUGGAGGAGGUGACCGGCAAACUGCAGGUGGCCAGGAACCUGAUCAUGAAAGGCACAGAGAUGUGUCCUAAGAGUGAGGACGUGUGGCUGGAGGCAGCCAGGCUUCAGCCCGGCGACACAGCCAAAGCCGUGGUGGCCCAGGCCGUCCGCCACCUGCCGCAGUCCGUCCGCAUCUACAUCAGAGCCGCAGAGCUGGAGACGGACAUCAGGGCCAAGAAACGAGUCCUCAGGAAGGCCCUGGAGAACGUGUCCAAGUCCGUUCGACUGUGGAAGACAGCUGUGGAGCUGGAGGAGCCGGAGGACGCCAGGAUCAUGCUGAGCAGAGCUGUGGAGUGUUGCCCUACGAGUGUGGAGCUGUGGCUGGCGCUGGCCCGGUUAGAGACGUACGAGAACGCCCGGCGUGUCCUGAACAAAGCCCGAGAGAACAUCCCCACCGACCGCCACAUCUGGAUCACUGCCGCCAAGUUGGAGGAGGCCAACCUCAACACUCAGAUGGUGGAGAAGAUCAUCGACAGAGCCAUCACCUCUCUACGCGCCAACGGUGUGGAGAUCAACAGAGAGCAGUGGAUACAGGAUGCAGAGGAGUGUGACAAAGCAGGCAGCGUGGCUACGUGCCAGGCCGUCAUAAGGGCCGUCAUCGGGAUCGGCAUCGAGGAGGAGGAUCGCAAACACACAUGGAUGGAGGACUCAGAUAGUUGCGUGGCUCAUGGAGCUCUGGAGUGUGCCAGGGCCAUCUACGCUCACGCUCUGCAGGUGUUCCCCAGCAAAAAAAGUGUCUGGCUCAGAGCGGCCUACUUUGAGAAAAAUCACGGCACCAGGGAGUCUCUGGAGGCCCUGCUCCAGAGGGCCGUGGCUCACUGUCCCAAAGCAGAGGUCCUGUGGCUGAUGGGGGCCAAGUCCAAGUGGCUGGCUGAGGACGUACCUGCCGCCAGAAGUAUCCUCGCUCUGGCCUUCCAGGCUAACCCAAACAGUGAAGAGAUCUGGCUGGCCGCUGUGAAGCUGGAGUCUGAGAAUAACGAGUAUGAAAGAGCCCGUCGACUGCUAGCCAAGGCCCGCAGCAGUGCACCAACAGCCAGGGUUUUUAUGAAGUCAGUGAAGUUGGAGUGGGUGUUGGGGAACAUAGAAGCUGCCCAGGAGCUGUGCACCGAGGCCCUGAAACACUACGAGGACUUCCCCAAACUGUGGAUGAUGAGAGGCCAGAUAGAGGAGCAGUGUGAAAACAUGGACAAGGCCAGAGAGGCCUACAACCAAGGGUUGAAAAAGUGUCCCCACUCGAGCGGCCUGUGGUUGCUGCUGUCUCGUCUGGAGGAGAGAGUGGGACAGCUGACCAGAGCCAGAGCCAUCCUGGAGAAGGCUCGACUCAAGAACGCCCAGAGCCCCGACCUGUGGUUGGAGUCGGUGAGGCUGGAGUUCCGUGCCGGACUGAAGAACAUCGCCAACACACUGAUGGCCAAAGCCCUGCAGGAGUGCCCCAACUCAGGUAUCCUGUGGGCUGAGGCAGUGUUUCUGGAGGCCAGGCCCCAGAGGAAGACCAAGAGUGUGGACGCUUUGAAGAAGUGUGAACACGACCCCCACGUCCUGCUCGCUGUAGCAAAGUUGUUCUGGAGUGAGCGUAAGAUCACCAAAGCCAGAGAGUGGUUCCUCAGGACAGUGAAGAUUGAGCCGGACCUGGGAGACGCCUGGGCUCUCUUCUACAAGUUUGAGCAGCAGCACGGCACAGAGGAGCAGCAGGAAGAGGUGCGAAAGCGCUGCGAGAACGCUGAACCCCGACACGGAGAGCUGUGGUGCGCCGAGUCCAAACACGUCCUGAACUGGCAGAAGAAGACAGGAGAGAUAUUAGCAGGGGUAGCCAGCAAGAUCAAGAACACAUUCUGAGAACUGGGGGGGGGAGUUUAGGACUGAAAACACCCGGAGGAUUCUGGGAAGUAAAAAAAGAAAAAAACAGCUAUGGACAUGCUCGACUGUUGUUCUCUACCAGGAUACAAAGUACUCACACAUUACCCCCUUUAACUUUUCUUCAGGGUUAUUGUUUUACAAAAUAGAAUCACAGUUUGUAGACUCAUCAACAGAGAAUGAUGAUUUAAUGUCAAAGUGAAAACAAAGCAGCAGUUUGAAACUCAUCGAGUAUAGAAGUAGACGCAGCAGUAGGAAGGUUUUUGUGGAUAAAUCUGUGGUUCGUCUGGUAGAACAGAGGCUGUCAGUGAGCUGACGUCUUGAAGUUCUCAGAUGGAUUGAGGUCAAGUCUUUGACUCGCCCACUCUCAAACUAAAUAGAGUCCCAAAACCUGGAAAUGAGUCAGCAUUUUUUUUCCCCUUCCUGUUCCCUCUUCUUGAAGUCAAUGUGUUUGGGUGAGAUGUCCUGUAUUAAGGUCUUUGGUCAAUACAAGCUGGAGACAUUUUAUUUUUACAUUUUGUUCUACGAUAUGAAAUAAAUCAGUAAACAUCCAUCUGGUGAAUUUUGAAGCUUUAACGUGUUCUUAAAAAAGGCGGUUGCUAUGCUACAUAGUGCUAGCCUUUUUACUUCUGCCGAUUGCAUUCACACGUCAAAAAUCAUAAAAGUGGAGUUUAUUUUCUGCAAUAAUCGAAAAUCUAAUAGAAAAAUCUUGUCUGCUUUUUAUUGAGGGAAUCAGUGGGACGCUAACUUAGUGUUUGGUCUAGAAAAAACCCAUCAUCCCUGCAGCUCUCUGUGUUGUUUUAAGCACUUGAUGUGUAACCUUCGCUGUGUGUCUGAGGUUCGUGCCUUGCUGCCUGCUGCAGGUCGUCCACCCGGAUUUACUUGUAUUUAGUUGCUAUCAUUUAACUCAGUCUGCAACAGAGAAGAAUCCCCACAGGUAUGUUUCUAGUAACGCGGCCUGGUUUUGCUUCCAUGCAUUUUGGAAAACACUAGCUCGGGUGUUAUACGAGCAGUUUGCUUCUCUGCAAUAAAGCUGCACCUGGUGAAUCACCACGGCAACAGUUGUUGUUGGAAUCGUUCCCUGCACAACCAAAGAGAAACACACCUACUCUACUGAUUCAUGAAUCUGGCCCUUUUUUUCUAAAGGCAAAAUGUUGAUUUACAGAUUGAUAAAUGAAGUGAUUGUAUCAGAGUUGAGUGUGCAGCGCUGACCUUUUUAAAGUUUCCAAUGUUUGCAGCGGUGUGGUAGUCGAGACCAACUGAACUGAGACCAGGACCAGAGUGUGUCGAGACCCAGACUUGGAGAGGUUGAGACCAGGUCAAGACCAAACCAGUGCAAGUCCUAUACUGCACCUGGAGGAGAAUUUUGUGUGUGUUUUCUACGAGCAAUCCCAGUAAUGAUGUUGAACCGAUAAACUGGAUGAUGCACGGGGAAGUUUGGUGAUAUCGUCACAGUUACGGUCUUGGUUUAGAACCCAGAGUCCUCUUUAUCUGAGACUGAGACGCAUAGACGAGAUCGACUACAACAACUGGUACGCAAAGUUUCUUCCAUCUUCAGCUGUGAAACCCUGCAGCUCCGUCCGUUUUGCGUAUGCAUGUUGAGCAUCUUUUGAAAUCUUCACGUGCAAGAACCAUUUUCCUACUUCAUGCUAAAAAUAUUAUUUGAUUUCUAAUAAUAACGGGACCAGACAUGAUGCUGUUGUGUUAAAGUAAAGAGGGUUUAAAAGUUAGAGGCAGUCAGUUAUUUUGUUUUAUAUUAAAUUAGAAAUGAUUACAUCCAUUUGUUUUCACUUUGACAUUGUGUCAAUUUUUUUCUGCUGAUUCAGUGUUGAAAUUUAAAUAUCAGUCAUUGUGAAUUUUCUGUAAAAUGUCAAACAAAACUUGAACAUGACGCUGUAGGAGAGAAAUAUACAAAAUCCACACAGGUUGAAUCCACCUUUUACAGAAUGUUGUGAAUGAACUCUUCAGGAAUCAGCUGAUCGGCUGUUGUUGUCAACGCUUUUGUUUGUUAAAAACAUUAUUUUUUGAGGAAUUGUAUUUUCAUGUCACUGUUUAGUCGUUGUACAUAAACUCACAUGAUGUCUCAUGUAGUAAUGAUUCUGCUUUUUCCAUGUAGCUUGUUUGAGAUGUGUUUAAAUACUUUGCAGACAUCCAAUAAACAAACAACACUGUCUGUUGCACAAUCUCCUGUUUC